AUGAGCAACUCAGGAAAGGAAACGGAAGCAAGCUAUGAGCAACAGUGCUAUGACAAGGUGGAGAAAGCGUCAGGGGCAUUGAACAUCUUUAAAGUUCCAAAUAAACUUCGAAAAGUGAAGGAGGAUGUUGGGGAAAAGCAUGAGCUUGCAGCUAUGCAAGAGCAUAAACAUCGUUACAGGAGAUACUUUGAGAAGCGUUUGAAUGAGUCUGCCACAUCCCGUGAGAGCUUUGAAAGUUUUUUCAUUAAUACCUUAGCGGAAAAGAUUGCGAGCUGCUAUGUUGGAAGAAUUAGGUGCCAUCCUGAGGAAUUUAUAAUUGAAAUAAUAGGACUUGAUGGCUACUUCACAUUGGAACUUUUCCUCAGGUAUUAUGAACACUACAACUUAAACAUGAUGUUAGAAGAGCAAUCUGAUGACCCAAUAUUCAAUACUAUCUGGAUAAUUCCGGCACUUCGCCAGGAUCUAGCUUUAGUUGAAAACCAGAUCCCCUUUUUUAUUCUCCAAACUCUGUUUGAGGCUAUCAAGCCUCAUCUCAAGGCCAACGGCAAGCCAGCACCGAACUCGGUCACUAGCCUUGCUCUUCAUUUCUUUGAACCUGCAGCUAUGAAGAACCAAAAGGCAAUAAUAAAAGGAGUUGAUGAUCCUCCUGGCGGCACAGAGGGCUACAAGCAUCUGCUUGAUCUCUUGCACAAAUUCUAUCUCCCAAGUCAGCCUAAGAGUACUAAUAAUAAGCAGCACCCUGCUGGGGCUGGUAAUUCCUCAAUUAUCAACAUCACCAUUGACCCUCGCUAG